GUCUCCGCUCAGUGAAAUUCAAAGCAAAUUCAAAUACAAUAGUGUGGUACAAAUACAAAGAAACACUGGACAAUUCAAACCCAGUGAAGGUGACACUUCACUCCUCCCUCCUUGGGACAACGUGGAAGUAAUAAAAGCCCUGCAGGGGGAAAAGUCCCAGAGGGAGUGUUAGGAGCAGAACGAAGGGGACGUGGGCUCUGUACCGGUGUUUACCUUUUCUUCCUUAAGAGGUCCAGUUUCAUACAAAGCUUCAAGGUAAGAACGAGUAAAGAAAUACACUACAUUUGAUCGGCAAAGUACUUUUACUCAUGUUGUGAGCAAUAAGGGGGAAAAAAAUGUAACGGUGUAACAUUUAUAGGAUGGUGAAGCAGGAACUGUAUAAAAAAACAGGAACUUAAGUUACAUGUAUACAUUUGUUUUUAGACUGAAUAGUUUAGGCAAUUAGAUGGGACUCUAGAGUCAUUUUCUCACAUUGAAGGCCGGGCUGACUGAGCAGGCAGCUGGACUUUGGCCAGUGGGCAGCAGUCAGUUGUGUAAGUAUACGGAAGUAGAUCUAGCUUUUCUCAGUGUACUACUGAUAAAAAAAAAAGACUGAGGUCUAUACUAUAGAAUUAAUACAUUUUAACUACAAGAGUGAUACAUUUCCGCUAUGUCUUUUCAUUUCUAGUUUAUUUUAUCUUGAUACAUUAAGUAUAUAUUUUUAGUUUUCAGGUCAUGGCUUUUCCCAGCAUUCUUUUGGCAGACGUGCAGUUUAAUUGUAGCGUCUGUGAGGACGUUUUCUCCGAGCCUGUCUCCAUUCCCUGCGGACACAGCUUCUGCUUCAGCUGCAUCACCUCACACUGGAACAGCAAUGAUGACAUCAGCUGUCCCAGAUGCCUGACGGUAUUCCAUCGUCGCCCGGAGCUCUGCGCAAACCACUUUGCCAAGGAAAUGUCCGAGAAGAUACAAGCCAGAAAGCAAAACUCACUGAUCGUCAAGGCCAUACACUGCGAUGCAUGCGUUGGGAAGGAAACAAAGGCCUUAAAGUCCUGCCUCAUGUGUCUGACCUCAUACUGUGAGGGUCACCUGGAGCCUCACUUCACAGUUCCCACCUUGAAGACCCACAAGCUGAUCGAACCCAUUGCAAUGUUGGAGAACAGGAUGUGUAAACGGCACCGGCGCCUGCUGGAGUUGUACUGCAGAAAUGACCAAAAGUGUGUGUGUGUCCUGUGCACAGAGUCUGACCACCGUUGUCAUAACACCGUCCCAGUGGAGUGCGAGAGUCGAGAGAAAAAGGCUCAAAUGAAGCAGAUAGAGAUUGAUGUUCAGCAGAUGAUCCAUGACAGGCAACAGAAAGUGGAUGAGAUUAAAAUGUUUCUAGAGCUCAGUAAAGAAAACUCAAAGAAAGACAUUCAGGAGGGUGUGGAGAUCUUCUCCACUCUGGUUCAGUACAUCCAGAAGUGCCAGGCCGAGGCGGUGGUUGCGAUCCAAAGGAAGCAGGCAGCAGCAGAGUUGAGGGCAGCCAGGCUGAUCACAGAGCUGGAACAGGAAAUCGCUGAGUUGGAGAGGAAGAGAAGAGAAAUGGAGGAGCUCUUUCAUUCUGAUGACCAUCUACAUCUGCUGCAGAGGUUUCCAGCUCUGUGUUGUGCACCAACGAUGAAACCCUGCUCUGACAUUAUUGUCUAUUCACACACAUGUCUGGGUGAUGUAAGGAAAGCAGUGGCCAGGGCUGAGGAGCAGCUCCUUUUAGUUUCAAAAAAGCUAUCCAUUCGAGAUCACAUGAAGAUGCUGCACUAUGCAGCUGACGUUCACCUGGACCCUAGAACAGCCAACCCUUGGCUCAUUGUAUCAAAGGAUGGGAGACAGGUUUGGGAUNNNNUGUUUGUUUAUUUGUUUGGCUUCACCACAGGGAGGCACUACUGGGAAGUACAUGUGGGAGACAAGACAGCCUGGGACUUGGGCGUCGCUCAGGAGUCUGUCAACAGAAAAGGUGUUGUGACACUGAGCCCAGAGGACGGGUACUGGGCUGUUUGUUUGAGGAAUGGCAGUGAGUACCGCGCAUGUGCAGGACUAGCCGAGCUGCUGUGUCUGUCUCAGAAGCCACAGAUUGUCGGGGUGUUUCUGGACUACGAGGAUGGAACGGUGUCUUUUUAUGACGCAGAGACUCAGGCCCACAUUUAUUCCUUCACACAGUUCCGUUUCACUGAAGCUGUGUUUCCUUUCUUUAACCCAGAGAUGACUGACAGUAGCAACAACCAAUCACCACUCACCAUUCGUCAGCACAGAAAUGUUAGAGUUUCAGAUUCAGAUGAUUUUACAAUAUGA